UCACAACACACAUUUAUCGUAGCAAACUUGCCCCACUACUACUUGUACUAUACCGUAUUGCUUCCUUAUCAUUACAAGAGUAAAGAACGAACAUCUAAGUUAUAAUUUUCCAUAUUCGAGGAUGGCCGCGAUGCUGUCCAACUGUUCGCGGUUUGUGCCUCGUGUAAUAACAAGAAUUAGUAUAUCACAAACGAAGGUUGUGAGAUCUUUAUAUAGUCAAGGGCACAUUCUAUUUAUCCACACCCAACAUGUGGUCAGCAAGAAUUCCCGAUUAUGUACAAAAUAUAAGAAAUUUCAUUGUUGGAUAGACCAAACAAGAUAUAUUCAUUCAACAUCUACUUUAUGGGAAAUGAAGGAAGUUGUAGUACCACCAUUUGCAGAAAGUGUAAGUGAAGGAGAUGUUAGGUGGGAUAAAAAAAUUGGUGAUCUGGUUAAAGAAGAUGAUGUUUUAUGUGAAAUUGAAACAGAUAAGACUUCAGUUCCUGUACCAGCACCAGGUUCUGGUAUAAUAAAAGAGAUUUUUGCCAAAGAUGGUCAAACAGUAAAAUCAGGGCAGAAGCUAUGUGUCAUUGACAUUGGUGCUACUGAUGGAGCACCAGCAGCACCUAAAGUUGAAAAAGUUCCAAGUCCUCCACCUAGCAUAACAGCAGCACCACCACCAUCACCAUCACCACCACCACCUCCACCACCACCACCACCACCACCACCACCACCACCACCACCAUCAUCACCACUAUCACCAUCACUAUCACCACUACCCACAACAUCAUCAUUACCAUCAACACCUUCUUCUGCGAUUGUACCACCUCCAGCAGCUCGACCACCAUCUCCGCAAGGACCUGCAGUAUCUAUACCAGUUACUACAAUUAAACCUGCUCAAGCAUUAGAAGCUGCAAAAGUACAAUUACCUCCUGAUGAUUAUACACGUGAAAUAACUGGUACCAGAACAGAACAACGAGUAAAAAUGAACAGAAUGCGAAUGCGUAUUGCAGAACGAUUAAAAGAAGCUCAAAAUACGAAUGCUAUGUUAACAACAUUUAAUGAAAUUGAUAUGAGUCGUAUUAUGGAAUUCCGCAAAUUACAUCAAGAAAACUUUACAAAAAAAUAUGGCUUGAAAUUAGGAUUUAUGAGUCCAUUUAUUGCAGCAAGUGCCUAUGCUUUAAAAGACCAACCAGUAGUAAAUGCUGUAAUAGAUGGCGCUGAAAUAGUUUAUAGAGAUUAUGUUGAUAUUAGUGUUGCAGUUGCAACACCAAAAGGACUUGUUGUCCCAGUUCUUCGUAGCGUAGAAAAUAAAAAUUUUGCAGAAAUUGAAAUUGCUUUGGCAGCUUUAAGCGAUAAAGCAAGAAAAGGUAAAAUAACUGUCGAAGAUAUGGAUGGUGGUACAUUUACAAUAAGUAACGGCGGUGUUUUUGGUUCUCUGAUGGGAACGCCUAUUAUUAAUCCACCACAAAGCUCAAUUCUUGGAAUGCACGGAGUAUUUGAUAGACCCAUUGCAAUAAAGGGCGAGAUCGUAAUUCGUCCAAUGAUGUAUGUGGCUUUAACAUAUGAUCAUCGAUUAAUUGAUGGACGUGAGGCUGUGAUGUUUUUAAGAAAGAUCAAGGCUGCUGUAGAAGAUCCCAGAAUUAUAUUAGCUGGACUUUGAGCAUCGUAAAUAUUUUUAUUAAAUCGCUUCAAACACGCCUCUCAUCAUAUCUAAAACAUUUUGUACACGUUGUAUUAUAUUGUGUUCAUCCAAACAACAUAUUCUUAAAUACUUAUUAAUCAUUGUGAUAAAUGAAAGUAAAAAGAGAAAAAUAUUAUACGCGAAAUAACACGAUGUAUUUCUCUUUUACAAACUUUGUUUUAUUAACAAAGUAUUAUUAAACUCACUCGUAUUACAUUCAACAAUAUAAAUUAAUUUUUCUGUAACAUAUGAUACGGAAAUUAUCAUAUAAGAUUUUUAAAUCUAAACAAGAAUAAUAUAAAAAAAUCUUCAUUGGUAUAAAAAAAAUGUAUAUUUUAAACUUUUUGUGACUUAAACUUAAAAUACGUUACAUAGUAAUUUGAACAAAAAAGCAAAUUAAUGAUAAUAUGAAGGUUUUUACUUAAAAACAUACAUAUAUACAAUAUAUAAUAGAUAUUUAUUUUUAUUGGUUGAAUAUUAUUAAAUUUAAAAUUUUCAUUAUAUUCUUUAAAAACUUUUUAUAUUCUUAUUUAAUUAUAUAUGAUGUAAAAAUUGUAAACAAAUCAUUAUAUUUUUAAAACAAGCACAUGUAACAAUUGUUUUACUAUUUUUAAUCAUUUAAUUAUUUUUGAAUGAUUUUGAAUGAGACGUUAUAAAGAAGCGAUAAUUGAAAAGAUAGAAGAAGAUACUUUAUUGCAAAAAUAAAUGUAUCUAAAUAUUAAAAUAAAAUUUCACAAAUCUA